AAAUUGUUCUUGAGAGACUAGCAAAAGAAGUAGACCCCCUAGGUGGGAUUUUAGCAGAGGUGAAAUGGAAUGUUUUGCUUUCAUUGCACCAGAUAAGAGAAAUGGCCAAGGCGCUGGAGCAUGUCAAUGCCCGUCUUCUUGAGUUGUACCCUGAUGAUGAAGAACGAUUUGAUAUUGUUCUGAUGACUAAUAACCAUGCCCAGGUGGGAGUGAGACUGAUAAACAGCAUCAAUCACUAUGGCUUAACAAUUGAACGUUUCUGUAUGACGGGAGGAAAAAGCCCUAUUGGUUACCUGACUGCGUAUCUUACCAACUUAUACCUCUCAGCAGACUCUGAAAAAGUGCAAGAGGCUAUAGAAGCAGGCAUCGCAUCAGCUACGAUGUUCACUGCCAACAAAGAUGUUGCUUACUCAGAUACACAGUUGAGGGUGGCAUUCGAUGGGGAUGCAGUUCUCUUUUCUGACGAAUCAGAACAGAUUGUCAAAGAGCAAGGAUUAGACCGAUUUUUUGAACAUGAGCAAAUGAAUGAAAAUAAGCCUCUUGCACAGGGUCCUCUGAAAGGUUUUCUUGAAGACCUAGGGAAACUCCAGAAGAAGUUCUAUGCAAAAAACGAGCGAUUAAAUUGUCCCAUAAGGACCUUCCUGGUCACAGCCAGAAGUGCAGCGAGCUCUGGAGCCAGAGUGCUGAAGACUCUUCGUAGCUGGGGUCUGGAGAUUGAUGAGGCACUUUUCCUAGCAGGAGCUCCUAAAGGACCUGUCCUGGUGAAAAUCCGCCCUCACAUUUUCUUUGAUGACCAGAUGUUUCAUGUUGAAGGAGCGCAGAAGUUAGGCACCAUAGCUGCUCACGUUCCCUAUGGCAUUGCUCAGAAAUACCACAAAUCUGCAUGACUGGAUAGCACCUCUAACAAUAAGGUUCUUAACUCAGCCAGCCUCUAAUAUACCAAUAGUGAUGUCUGAAAACCUCUAUGUUUGUAUACUGUAAGCACCAUGUUUAAAGAUUUAACUUCUGGCUAGAACAGCAUUUAAAUGAAACAUUUUUAAUAUAGGUAUAUUUUUAAUAGAGUUAUUUAUUAGCAUUCUUAAGCAGUUUACGUUUUUUACCCAUCUGG